AUGUUCAAGCCCUCAUCGCCGCUCUUCUCGGGUCUUCUCUGGAAGAUCCCCUGGCGCAUCUCCGCGCCCCAGAAAGCCCGCCAGCGGAAGCGCCUCCGCGCCGUCGACCGCGUCGUGGACACCGUGAGCGCGGCGCUGGCCCGGAACGGCCAGACGGCCAAGCCCGUGACGCGGUGGUUCAACGAGAUGCCCCGCGAGGAGGAGAUGCUGCCCAAGGACAAGUACACUAUCUUCGACAAGAAGGAGAAGAAGUACCGGAAGGGGAUUCACAAGCUGCCCAAGUGGACGCGAGUCAGCCAAAGAGUCAACCCCCCUGGUUUCUAA